UGUAAUUAUCUAUCCAAUGAUGAAAAUAUUGGCGGGUGUCGAGGAGGUCAGCGGCGGAGCAAUACAAGAUAUAAUAAACGAUCAUCAUGUCCUCAAUGAUAAGUCAUCCGAGAAAGCUAAAUCAGUCGAGGAAUCAAAGAUCGAAAAGCCGCUCUUGGACAAAUCAAUGUUCUCCCGAACGAAGCAGCUAGGAGACUCACCUAUCAAAGGUCCUGUCACACCCGAAGAAGAGCAUCGAAUGAGGAUACUCUUACCUUUUCAUCUGGCACCGGAAUACUUACGAUUCAAUCCUUACAUCCUUACGGGCUAUCGAGGUUACUUAACAACGAAACUAUGCAUCGAAAGUAUAUUUUGGUGGACGAACGAAACGAUUAACAUCUGGAGCCAUAUAUUUGGCUUCAUGCUAUUCUGCGGACUCACCUUUUACGAUCUUUAUUUAGUGAACAUCAGUGCACCAUUUGGUGAUAAAGUACUUUGUGCACUGCUGUUGGUCUGCUUCCAAGCCUGCAUGAUACUUUCAUCGGUAUAUCAUACAUUUUCCUGCCGUAGCGAAAAGGAUUACUGGUAUUUUCUCUCCUAUGAUCUUUUAGGAGUCGCUCUCAGUUUACUGGCUAUUUACAUGUCAGGAGUUUAUUAUGCAUUUUGGUGUCAUAAGCAAUUGCAAAGAUUUUAUCUCGUUACCGUACUGGCCAUCUUCAUCGUGGCGAUGCUUCUCCAGCUGCCGCGAUAUCAGGUCAACGACAACAUCAAGCUUGCGGUAUUCGUCGGCUGGGCGGUUUACGGCGUCCUGCCCACUCUACACUGGACCAUUGCAAUGGGCGGGAUGCAAAAUCCGGUUGUGAGUCUCCUGCUACCGCGAGUCCUGGGCAUGUAUCUCAUCAGCGGGGCAGCUUUCUUAAUUUAUUUCAGUAAAAUACCGGAACGACUGUUUCCAGGUUGGGUCGAUUACGUCGGCUCGUCUCAUCAAUGGUGGCAUGUGUUGGUGGUCGCAGCUCUUUAUUACUGGCAUAACACGGGUAUGAUGUACGUUGAGUACCGACUCAACAAUGGAUGUCCCAGUCUCAGUCAAUUAUGACAUACGACCUAUGACGAUCCCGCCUCUCCAGCGGUGUUCUCGAUGGAGUGCGCCUGCGAAAUGGAGACGCGAUGGUCGUCGUGGUAUCAGGAGGCCGUGAUACCUUACUACGCUCAACAGGGAGUCCUUACUUGCCUUAUAGAAAAUCCAUUCCGGGCUUACGCUCAGCUAAAGAAGUUGUGAUACGCCGUCGAUGCCAUUGCCGACGCCGUCACUACUCCUAAUGACCUUUGUGUCCCCGCGUGAUGGCUUACACAUCACAUCACAUACAAAGGAGGAGGACUUUCUCUCCUAAUAGG